GGGAGGUCCGGACACUGGCGGCCAUGGGUCUCGCCGGUAAUAGACACCAUAACUGGGUUGCUUUAAGGACUAAUGCCUGAACCAUCUCAGCAUGGCCUGUGUAGAAGGCAGUGGGCACGACCAGCCUCCCUCAGACUCACUCUCCUGUGUUAGCCUCGAAAGUGUUUCCGCAAGUAGAACCUGUAACCGUAGCCAUAACAUAUGCAUGGUGUCCGACUUUUUCUAUCCCAAUAUGGGAGGCGUGGAAAGUCACAUUUACCAGCUGUCUCAAUGCCUGAUAGAAAGAGGCCACAAGGUCAUAAUUGUCACCCAUGCUUAUGGAAAUCGAAAAGGUGUUCGUUACCUCACUAAUGGCCUCAAAGUCUAUUACUUGCCUCUGAAAGUCAUGUACAACCAAUCGACAGCCACAACCCUCUUUCACAGUCUGCCACUGCUCAGGUACAUAUUUGUUCGGGAGAGAAUCACAAUAAUCCAUUCACAUAGUUCUUUCUCUGCCAUGGCCCACGACGCCCUCUUCCACGCCAAGACAAUGGGGCUCCAGACAGUUUUCACAGACCAUUCCCUUUUUGGAUUUGCUGACGUCAGCUCGGUGCUUACAAACAAGCUUCUAACUGUGUCUCUUUGUGACACAAACCACAUCAUUUGUGUCUCUUACACGAGUAAGGAAAACACUGUGCUCAGAGCAACUCUGAAUCCUGAAAUAGUGUCCGUCAUUCCUAAUGCUGUAGAUCCUACUGACUUCACUCCAGAUCCACUUAAAAGGCAUCAUAAUGUAACUAUUGUUGUUGUCAGCAGACUUGUUUACAGAAAAGGGACUGAUUUGCUUGGUGGAAUAAUACCUGAACUCUGUCAGAAAUACCGAGAUUUAAAUUUUAUAAUUGGAGGAGAGGGACCAAAGAGAAUCAUUUUGGAAGAAGUACGGGAAAGAUACCAGCUCCAUGACAGAGUGCGUCUCUUGGGAGCUUUAGAACACAAGGAUGUUAGGAAUGUCUUAGUUCAAGGACAUAUUUUCCUUAAUACUUCACUUACUGAAGCAUUCUGCAUGGCGAUUGUGGAAGCCGCCAGUUGUGGUUUACAGGUUGUAAGUACGAGGGUCGGUGGAAUUCCUGAGGUACUUCCAGAAAAUCUUAUUAUUUUAUGUGAGCCUUCUGUAAAAUCUUUAUGUGAAGGAUUGGAAAAAGCUAUUUCCCAGCAAAGGUCAGGAACGUUGCCGGAUCCACAAUAUAUCCAUGACAUAGUGAAGACUUUCUAUACUUGGAGGAACGUGGCAGAGAGAACUGAAAAAGUGUACGACCGCGUGGCAGGGGAAGACGUGCUACUGAUAGAGAAAAGAUUGGAAAGACUCAUCUCUCACUGCGGCCCAGUAACAGGUUGCAUUUUUGCUUUGCUGGCUGUAAUCAACUUUCUCUUCCUUAUUUUCCUGAGAUGGAUGACUCCAGACUCCAUCAUCGAUGUUGCAAUAGAUGCCACAGGGCCAAAGGCCGCCUGGACUAAGAAUCCUUGCAGUAAAAAAAGGGAAGAGAAUGAGAUCUCUAAAACCAGGUAGAAGAACGCCUGGUGACUAAGGUUUUAAAGCAUUUGUAACAAUUACUAAGUAAGACUGUUGAAAAUUAACCUUGCUUUUUGGAAGUUUGUUUUGUUCUUCAAGUUAAUUUAGUAAGUUAUGCUACCUCUAUACCAUUCAAUAUUUUAUUUUGAGGAAAGAUGACACAAACUUAUGCAACUCCUGAGUGUAGAGACUCAUUGCACUUAUAAAAAAAUUUAGGAAAGUCACUCAGGUAUGAAAUUUUUCAGAUUACUGAAAUCCCUUUGGCAGAAAUGUUUUAACAUUUUAUUUUGGGAGCUUUGGGUGCUGAAGGCCAAAUGUUUUCUGGGCAUCUUUUGGCCAGUUUUAAAGGUUCUACCAUUGAUUAGACAUUCACCAGAUGUUUACAAAUUUUCUUUAGAGAAAUACAAAUAUAAGAACUAUUUUUAAGUCGCGUUCAUGCACAUUUAUUAGACAUUGAAGUCAGCUUCUUGCACAUUUAGUGAAUAUCCUCAGUAAUUGUUACAUAAGGUCAGCAGGUUUCCUGAGUCACGUGGUCUCUCAGCUACCAGCAUGUUUUAAAAAGCACCAACUGAAAUGUAGAACAUGGCACUAGGUACUUCCUGCUAUAAAGGGCCAGGGGUGCAUUGUCUCUGGAGCACUCAAAUGGCUCCCUUUCUACUCACAGUUGGCGUGAAAUGGUAAAAAAGCCAACAUGCCAAAAAUGCUCAUGCUUUUAAUACCAGGAAAAAAAAGUGGCUAGGGUACUUGGAGUACUGAUUCUCUGAUUCUGUUGUAUGCAUUUUUGUAAGUAGAGCCAUCCUCUUGGGUUGCGUUUUUGAAAACGAUGUUUGCUUUUUCAAUACUCGGGACCGAAACACUGUUGAAAAUAGUACAGAAAAACCCUUCACAUCCUUUAUGACAUAAUUUAGUCCUCUGUAAAUGCCUUCGUGUUAUCCGAGCAGAAUGUCCGAGGUGUGCCAUCUCCAAAUCAGCUGCUACCCUCUACCUUUGAUGAUAGGAGUCACUUCCCUUCACUUGUGGCCUAGCUCAUAUCUGAUAAGUAUUGUCAGUGUGCAAAAUCUUUACUCCAGAAUGUUCUGUUCGUAGCAGAUUGAUUUAAAAAUUUUUAGGAAUUUCUUUGAGAAUGGAUGUUGUUACCAUAAUUACUGUUACCCAGAGCCAUGGGUUUUUAAACCCCAAGUUAUGUACAUGAUGUGUAUUAUUCAUUCUUUGAACACCUUAGAAUAUGUUUUUGUGGUAAAGGACUGAAAGCAAACGAGUGAGGCACUGUUGGGUGCACAAAAUAGAUUCUGGCAGUAUUGUAGUUUUGUACAGGGUUUUCUUUUAUUGAUGACAUUUACAAAGCUUUUUAACAUGCCUAUGAACUUGUUGCCACUGAUAAAUAAUAGGAAAUAUUUGUGUCUUGUUUAAUACCAAAAGGCAUAUGCAAGAGUAUAGUUUUUAAAAAUGUGGACCUUAGGGAAUCUUUCGUUGAAGGAAAAUGGACCAACCCAGAUCAUUAAACCUUGAGAUUCUUAAUCCAUUGCAACAGACAUAUAAAUAUGAAAUAAGCAGUGCCAAUAUUCCUAAUUAAAUGAAAAAGUUUUAUCUGCUCUGUUUACCAAGUUUAAAAAUAUACUGCAUUUCGUUUAUUAGCAUUUUAAAAAAAUUGUCAUUAACUUUUUGUGUCUUAUUCCAAUUGGUCAUGGAAUUGAUUGUUGCUCUUGCAUGUAAACCGAGUGAUUUGCAAGUUAUUUUCCUUGUUUUUCUUUAAACAGAUGAAAGUAAAUUUGCUUGUUCUGGUAAAAGUCAAUUUUCAGGCUUCCUGGAUACUAGUUGUAACUGUCAGUGUUGCACUGGUCAAUAUGUGAAAAACAUAUUGUUUUCCUGCUACUUAUGUGUAUCUGAAAGUGAACUUGCAGUGAUGAGGAAUUUAUUGAAAAAACAUCUUGUAUUUCUUUCAGUGUUUAAAAAGUAGCACAAGUGAAACCGAUUUUAUGAAACCACACUAAUGUUCAAAAAUAA